AUGGCGGUUCGGGCCUCCCUCGCGGUCCGAUUUCGGAGGGUUGGAAUUGCAGAUGCGGACCCGCUGAGCCGCUCUAGUGAAGCUGCUUGCGCCUCUCCCUGCGUCGUGGCGCCGCGCCCCCGCCAGCGGCGGGUCUCCCUUGUCCCACGCGGAUUCCCUGCGUUGCUCUUCUUCUUGCAGCCCCCGUGCGCCUUGUUUGGGGUGCGACGGCGUCCUCGCUCUCUCUUUUACGGCGCGCUGGCGUCGGCGGCGGUGGUGUCAGGUGUGAUGGACCCCUCAGCGGGUCGUGAUCCCGCCCUGGAGGGAACCGCGGAGAGCGCACGGCCGGAGCCGGAGCCGGAGCACGCUGCUCCUCGUCCGCAUUUCUCUGCCCGCCCCUCCGCGAGUGAGCCUGUCCGCCGCUUUGAGCGCGGGCUGUCGCUUCCUCAGCCCCCCUCGCCAGAGUACUCGUGGGCCCCCGCUCGGGUUGCGUCAAACCGCCCUGCUGGUCAGCCGCGUCAGGACCACGGGCGUUCGCUGCCGCAUCAGCUUCCGCAGCAGCCAUCUCCUCGCCACCGCUCUCCUGAGCCUCGCGAAUUUCUCCGACACGAGGCCGGCGAUCAUCUGUCCCCUGCGCGCCCUCGCUCUCCUUGGCACCAAUCCCGUCGUGGUCGGGCAGCCCAGCGCUCACCGCGAGCGCGAUCCCCCGUGCAGCGCUCUCCGUGGCGAUCUCCGGCGAGGCGGGGAAGGGGGUCGCCGGGACGUCGCUGGGAUUCAGGACGCCGCGAGCAGUCCCCUCCGCGUCCGCACUCGGCUGGAUCUGGUGGCCGUCGGGGUCGGCGGAAUGGCGCGGGUCGUGGCGGAGACCGUCGCGGGCAAGAUUCUGCUGUCGAUCAGGCCGUGAACGCGGUGGCAACGGCGGUGCGGCAAGCGCAGGCGGGUGGGGAGCAGACUCACGUUCACAUCGACGUAACCAAUGGGCCUCUCUUCGCCCCGGACACUGACCUGGCGGCUCCACUGCGCGCGCCAACCCUGCGCGAGUAUCUGCCGGCAAGGGAGGGGAGGGCGCCGUUCCGCAUCCCUCUGCAAGUCCCGGACUUCUCCGCGCAGCACUUCUCGCUUGGCCGAGCACCGGGCCGGACGUCGGCGUUUCCACGCCAAGCUCCGACUGUACCUCCCCCCACCCGCGCGGGGAGAGAUCCCACGCAUACCAUGUGCAGGAUGUUGAAUCUUGCGGAGGCGUGCGAGGGGGUGGCGAGCUUGCAGAUGGCGAUGUGUAAGGCCAUGUGUAACUCUCUGAGCAGUUACGCUCCAGGUCCCCGAGGAUCGUGCGUGUCUUGGGCAGAAGCGCUUGUCCCGCUCUUGGCGCCCGUGUCGGUAGCACCCGCCGGGGUAGCGCCCUUAGCGCAUACCCUCCCCCGCCACAUGGAAGAUCUUGUUGUGGCAGCCCGUGACGGAACUCCGGUACACACGCUUCACUCGUCGGCGCAGCUCCUUGCGGUGUCGGCGUGCAUGCGUUCGAUGCUAGAGGUGGAGGGGGCGGAGCCGUACAGGAUGCAGGCCUCCGCCGCGUCUACUCGUUAUCUAAUGCAUCCAUUCCACCUCGUUCUUACACUCUGCCCUUGUCGCCAACAGGUCUCUCCACUCCAACACGCUGUCAGGAUCAUUGCCCUCCUCGAUAACAAGGCUUACCGCACUUUCAGUAUUGUAAGAGGCCAAGUGCUCCGCUAG